UCCUCAACUUCACCAUCGGAGUCAUCGCACUCACUUCGAACUUAACUCCGAAAAAGAACCCCGACCACAGCAAAAACCACCUCAGACUUGUCGGAAAAUCUCCAGUUCUCACUCAUACUCUCAAAUCCGCUGAUCCUAAUCCUCCAGUAUCGUCAGACUCCACCUACGGCCACAUAAAUCCCUCAGAAACAACCACCCAUUUCGAUCUUCGUCAUCAAAAUGAUAAAUUUCCACAAGAACCAGAGACCCAGUUUGUGGAAACAGAGCAAAGCCUCGAAGAAACCCACGCAAGUUCACCGGAAAUGGAGCAAACCAGAGAUACAGAUGGCGGAAAAAAGGAAAGAGAAGCGCCGCAGAAAGAACUGAGCAAGACCCUCGACGAGAUUUUCAGUCCACUGCAGACGGAGAGCGAAUUCGCCAGGAAGCCGAGGCCGAGACAGUCAGGCGACGUGAAAUCGGGUUUCGCUCAGUUAGAAGAAAACGCCGCCGCCGUCGAGGACGAAGAUGAAGACGAAGGAGUUGAUGCAAAGGCUGAUGAUUUCAUCAACAAGUUCAAAGAGCAGCUGAAGUUGCAGAGGAUUGAAUCUUGGAGGAGGAGCAACGGAUGGACGAUUGAUGAGGGGGUGUAGAGCAUCGCUUCGAAUUUAAGGCGCAUUUUGAAGUUUUGUUUUUUCGGGCGGUGUAUCUGUAAAUUCUCAUCUGUUUCAUCCCAUUAAAGUAAAUUACAAACGGGGAUUUGUAACGAAGAUAUACAUAUGUCUUGUAUUUUA